AUGUCUGUCAAUGGCAUUUCUCCACCAGUUCCCGGGGAAGAAUUCGUAAAAUCAAACCCGAGCACCGCCACUUGCAAGUCACAAAUCCUCUCAAAUGUGGCUUGCUCCCGUCACACUGCGGGGUUGCUUCCGACGACGUCAGGAAAGGGGGAGGAACACGACCACAUGGGCAGAGAUUGA